CACUUUGAAACUCAUAUAUCCCCUGAACGGUUUGACAGCUCGUUCACAAAUUAUCCAAAUUAACUACAAUUACACACAUGCAUGUCUCCAUCCCCUUUUGGUUCCCUCGCUGCUUACAUAUAUAGCACCAACAACACUACAUCUACAUGGACCAUACUUUGAGCUUUUUAGCGAGCAUUCCACUGACUACACUUUCACCCACCUAAGUUGCUUACCCUUACAGUUCUCAUAGCGGCAGCAGAAACAUUAGGUAUCACUGCAAGCACGCGGCACAAUUCAAUAGACAACACAUGAAUCUGAGUAACAUAAGAUAAAGAGUUUGCCAGUUUGGUGAACCAUGUUUAUCAGCAUAAACAUACAUUCAACCAUUCUAAGUAUUAUGUAUCAUCACAAACGAACAAAAAAGGCAUUGUAUUAUGUUUCAUAACAACUCAAUAGAGGAAUGUAUUUAGUCAAAAUUUCCCAUUAACAAAUGCAAACUUACAAAGAGGAACCUAGAUUAAGGAGUCUAACAGUCGAGGGAUUUCAAUUAUAAAACUAUAGGUUAGAUAGAAUCAUCAACCUCAAGGGAAAAGUCAUUGUUGUAUUAAGCCCCAAAUCUUCUGAAACAUACCAAAAUGAGAGAAACAAAUCACAAACUAUAAAGCCCUGAAAAUCUAUCUGACAUCCAAUUACUUUAUGGGGAUAAAUUUGGUUUGUUUCAUAAAUAUGUUAUAUUAUUCAUGGAAUUGAUUGAUUCCUGUUGGUUGGUGUAAUUAAGGAAACAUAAUCAUCUCACAACAACCAUCCCUUUUACUGGUUCUUCCUUCGGCUCUCCACUCUUUCACCUGUAAAGUAAAAUUAGUGUUCACCUAGAAUCAUGGAGUUUUAAUGUUUUUCAUAAACACCCCAUUUGAAUUUUUUUUGGCAUGCUGCGUUCUUGCAAAAAAAAAAACUGAAAUAGCCAUAUAAAGCUUGAAGUAGCAGCACAAAACCAAAAUGAAAAAUAUAGUGACCAAAGUGAUUAUUAACACCAAACAAAAAACGAACAAAAGCAAGACAUUACCAGAAAAUCAUUUUAAUCUAUCAUACCGCAACACCAUAGCAAACUGGCACCUAAGACAUUAGCAAAUAAAUUAUGUAAUCCACCGGAUUAGAAUGAAAACGCAAACCAUAAACCCAAACGCAAUUGAUGAGACUCAAAUUACAGCAAACAACCAAAAAGAAUGGAACAAUUGUAGCAGGAUAAAAAGGCAGAGUGGAAUGACCUCAUCGAAUAGAGGUCAAGGUCUCCGCAUCAAAUUGGUGAAGGCAGCUCUCAGCGAACAGAAGCCACCGGUAGCUGCUCUUUCACCAGUUUCAAGAGAUUGAGUGUUCAAGAAUAACGAAAAUACAUAAGCAAACUCAGUCUACUGUUUCUACUCUAUACUCAUUAUUCACACAGAGUUCGAAAACAAUAUAUAGUGGAAGAUGUACUUAUUUAGCCUAAUCUGUCUUCCAAACUGCUUUAUUGUCUUUUUUACUGCAGAAGGUUCUUCAGCGGUUCACCUGCACCAUGAAAAUGAUACGGGUGCACUUAUCGACAGCCUGCAACCCCAUAGAAAACCAGCAUUAUCCCUUGAACCUUUUGUCCUAUCGAUCCCUCUCCUUCCAACCUCCAAGGAACAACUUUGAGUCUUUGAGCUGCGUCAUGAAAAGGAUACUGUUGCUUGUACGUACGCGUUGACCUGUGAACUCACAAUGGUAAUCAUAGACCAACUAACCAAGAGAGAAGCUUAGAGAGUGAGUCCAUUAUUUGGACAAACCUCAUUUUAAAAUGUGUAUCUUUAAUCCAACAACUCUAAUCAAUUAGGUCUCUUUUCUUUACCUGUGAUUCUCGUCCAUGACCAAAGAGCUCAAAGAAGGCAGCUCAAGCCUCAAAGGAUAAAAAACUACUAAUGCUGCUCCAAAGAGAAUAAUAAAAUGUAAUGUGUGUUCAUUUCUCUUACCACUCUUUGAAGAAUAGGCUAUAAGGAUGAGCAAAAGCAGAAUAAGUAAAGGCUCUAAAAUGGGUUAUUUGUUCUCCAACUUUAAUUGUCAGACAGAACUCAAAUCUGAUAUAGAUCUUGAAAUUGUCAUUGAAAAGACAAACAAAAAGAAUCACCAUUUUCAUCAGCUAUGAUCUUCGAUUUCCUCCUUUCAUCAAGAUGCAACACAGCAAGACUCUGUUAGCAUAUUUAAAAAAAACAUGAUGAAUAAAUACGGCAUAAACGAUUUUAGUUAGGUACUCAUCUUCCCAAUGAUCAGGAAACCAUAAGCCAAAUUCCCAUCUUGAGGCUGCUUUGAAACAGUCAUAGUUUUGAGUUCUGACAGCUAUCACACCGUGGGAGGCCUCAUCUACAACAAAACUUACCAGAAAUUAGUUGCCAACAAUCACGAUAAGCCCUGCUGAUUUUCAUGGAAUCUAACACUCCUUCAUCACAACACGAAUCUCCAUUGCUGGUCCAAUGGGUUCAUCACCCACCACUACUAACAGCUUCCUAAAAAGAGGCUAAAUAAUGUCAUAUGUGGAGGAAAAUAGAGAGAACCCAAAGAAACUUAGCUAACAACAGAGUAAACUGGCAAGAAUAAAAGAAUGGAAAUCUACAAACUCAAUCACAAAAUAAUUGGAGGGACCACUGCUUAUAGGGCUUAUGGUUCCUUUUCUAUUUGUUUGAUUUGGGUUCGUCGCCUCCACCAUGAAUCUCCAACGAAAAUCUGUGUUGUUUGAACCUGAAGCACCCAUUCUCCCCCUAAAUGAUAUAUGGGACAAAGAAGAGGAAGACCGUGAGAUACUCUCUGUGAAGUAAACAAAAAAAAAAAAAUCGAGAUGACAUACUUAAGGAAUUCCUCGGGCCUAAUUCGGAUCCACAACUUCGUAUUCUCUAUUUCCUUGGAAAGAUCCAUAUUCUUCAUCCACAAUCAGCAAGCCUUACAACCACAAAGAGAGUCCUUCCCCAGGAGAAUACUUGGUAUGCAUCACCUGAUCGCUACUGUCAGAUCCCCGUGGAAUCCAAUGAAUCAGAAUGAAAACUUAAAUCAAAACCUAAGUAAACAGAGAGAUAAACACAUGUGUUUCUAACUUUCUAUAGUUCAAAACUUUUCUCACCAUCGAAGAGAAGAAUUUGACAAUCCGCCAAUCACCAUGGGACGAACACCUUUAUGGUGUCUCUUCUCUCCUCUUCUUCCUUAUUACUUCCAAUGCCACAUUGCCCACUUCUUCUUCCCCUAAACCGCAGCGCCACCAUACUCAAUCUUCCGCUUACCCCGAUUCCACCGCCGCUGGACAAAAGUAACUUCAACUCCGUCCUUGUCUCCCUCCUCGACUCCCACUACACCGAGCUCGGUGACCUUGUCGAGAAAGCACUCCCCACGCUCUAGAGUAAUCCGUCGGCAACCACACAUAACCACCCCACACAAUGGAGCCCUCGAGCGUCGCCUCGACUCCGAGUUCAAGCGCUUCCUCCUAAAGCCUCGCAACCUCCACUCCCUCCGCAGAACAACCUUCGUUGGCCGUGACGGAAGAUGAUUUCAGCCGCAAAAAAGUAGUGGGAACCGACGGUUUAUUAUCUCUCCUGUCACGCGGGGAUUUCUAAUUUAAUCCCGUGUAACCACCCUGCCACGCAAGGUUGUCAAACCGGUUUAUGCCGGUGUGCCGGUUUUGUAAGUGGAAUGGUCUGACCGUGGUACAACCAGUAUUCAUGCCGGUUGUGCCGGUUUUAAUAAAAUACAUGAGGAAAAUGGAAAUCCUCAAUUCCAAAUAAAUUAGUCAUAAAAAAGCAAUUAGAAGAAUUAUUUCACACAAAAUAAUUUAUAGCUAAGAAUUGGUAACUAAUACUAAACAAUUAGAUGCUUAAAAAUAAAAUUUUAUUCAAUAAAUUUUAUUAAUGUUU